AUGUCCGCCCUCAGAAUUCUCGUACCCGUGAAGCGGGUCAUUGACUAUGCGGUCAAGCCCCGCGUCAACAAGGCCCAGACGGGCGUCGAAACGGCCGGUGUCAAGCACUCGAUGAACCCUUUUGACGAGCUCUCGGUCGAGGAGUCGGUCCGCAUCCGCGAGAAGAAGCGCGCGCCCGGCGGCGUCGAGGACAUCACCGUCAUCUCGGCGGGGCCCCCCAAGGCCGUCGACGUGCUGCGGACCGCCAUGGCCAUGGGCGCCGACCGCGCGAUCCACGUUGAGACCAAGGAGGGCGACGACCUCGAGCCGCUGAGCGUCGCGAAGCUGCUGCGCAAGGCUGCCGAGGAGCACAAGAGCAACCUCAUCAUCCUCGGCAAGCAGAGCAUCGACGAUGACGCGAACCAGACGGGCCAGAUGCUGGCCGGCCUCCUGGGCUGGUCGCAGGCGACGUCGGCGAGCGUCGUCAAGUUCGGCGAGGGAGACACCGUCAGCGUCACGCGCGAGGUCGACGGCGGUGUGGAGACGGUCAAGGGGAAGCUGCCGAUGGUCAUCACGACUGACCUGAGACUCAACGAGCCACGGUACGCGAGCUUGCCGAAUAUCAUGAAGGCCAAGAAGAAGCCCCUCGAGAAGAAGAAGCUGGCCGACUACGGCAUCGGGGUCGAGAAGCGGUUGAAGGUGCUCAAGGUCACGGAGCCUCCCGUGCGGCAGGGUGGCGGCAAGGUUGAAGAUGUCAACGGGCUCGUCGCGAAGCUCAAGGAGCUUGGUGCCUUGUAA